AUGGAUGUUGAGUCAUGCGCUCUUGACUCUGUGGACGCGGACAUCCUCCUGUUGAUGAGCCAGGCAAAGGAGAAACAAGAUGCCAACACAGGCCGUGGUAAGAAGCGGAAAGCCGGGUCAGGGCCAGAUGGAGAAGGCCAGGAGCAGCAGUCUGAGGCUGCUCCCAAGAAGCGUGCAAAGUGCGCGCGGCAUUGCAAGGGAUGCAAGCAAAAGAUUGCUGCUGAGGACUGCGCUCCUAACUUCCCAGGGUGUUGGAAGUGCAAGCGGGCCCUCGACAACAUCUACAAGUUGGCGACCAAGCAGGGCAAAGAAGCUGUCGAGUUUGUGAAAAAACAAAGAGAGGAUCCAGACCUUUGCUUCAACAUGGUCCAGAGCUAUUUGGAGUUGUGCCCGGAAUGCUGCGAUAUGGGGGGCGCCAAGAACAAGAAGCGAGGCACUUGGUCUUUGGCCAAAUACCGCGAGCGUACUGUUGCUGCAAGUGGCUUUGUGAAGGACGCAGUGGGUGAGAUGAUGCACAAGAGGCUGUACACAGAGUUUGCCAUGACAGUCAGGGGGGGGAGGAAGACUGAGGAGCAAAUUGCUGCUACAUGGUCUGAGUGGGAACAAAGGGCUCUUGCAAAAGACCCAGAGCUGUUCUUUGACUAUGGUGGAGAGAAUGGAGCGCUUCGAAUUUGGGUCAAGACAGCUGACCAGCUCUCCUUCCGCUCUAGCUUCAUGCAGGAAAAAGAAGCUGUCGUGGAGGUCGAGCAGAAAAAGAAUGCGACUCAAGCUGAUGUGGAUCGCAUGAAGGCAAAAUCUAUGAGCAACCAUGACCCAAUCGCUGACCAAAUCCAGAUUUGCCAGGCUCUUGUGCGACACGGUGACGCAGCCUUUCAGGGCAACGAUGGGUUCCUGGUGGAUGUCAUGGACCUGGCAAAGACGUGUGAGGCCAAAGCUGCUUCUGAAGAAGCAGAGGGGCCAGCCAAGAAGGGUGAUGAGGAAGAGGCGAAUGGCUCGUCACCAGAGAAGCCAGCAAAGCCUUGGGUUGACCGGGACCGUGUUAUUUCUGCCACAGUCAGAUCAUCCACCACGCAAAUCAACCUUUUCAAGACCAAACUUGAGAAGGGUCUGAAGGACCACAAGGCAAGCUUGGAGGAGCACAAGUCCAACCCAGAUGCGGUCUUCCAGAAGAACUUUGCUGGUGAAAUCAAGAUCCUAGCCAACCGUGACCCCAACGGGGAUGAAAACACGGUCAAGAGCUACAUUGGGAGGUUCGACGCUGCUUUGCCAGAACUAGGUGAGCUGGACAGCAAUCCAGUUGAGCUUGGGCGAGCCCCUCCUUGUGAGCUCUAUGCUUCCCUCAAGCCAUUCACUGCUUUGGAGGGCGCUGUCAAGAAUUACCAGCGUUGCACGCAGCCUGCCCACGUGAAGGAAGUGACAGCCGAGAUUGUGGCAAUCCGAGCUCCUAUGACCCAGCUUCUGGCAGCUACAUCCAGGGCUGACAAGGCGGUCAAGAGUGCUGUGGAGCAGUUGAAAAAGCAAACCGCAAAGCAGCAAGCUGACGCGAGCAAGCCAAAGAAAGCAGCAGGCCAAGCAGCUGCCCAAGUGCCCGUGUUUGACCAAGGAGUGGCUGGCGCCACUGCUGUUCAACGUGUGGCUGCAGACUGCAGCUUUGACAUGUCCAAGCCCUUCAGCUUGGAUUGCUCUUCUUGGGUGAGUGAGCUUAUGAAGGAUGGUGCGAAGUGCAGGCAAUGUGUGGACUCCUUUAGGGAUUCCUUCAACGAUGCCCGCAAGAAAUCCAAGGGGGCCAGAGUCUCGAAAGCUGUUGAGGACAGUGAAGUGCUAGCGGCUCUACAGAGUAAAGUUGAUGACCUCUUCCUGAAGUCUGGGCGUGUGGUUGCCCGGGACUCAAUGACUAAGCAGUUGCAGGAUGCCUUGCAGGUGAGCCUCUUUGGCAUUGAUGCUAGCUAUGACAAAGUGAGUGGUGAAUUCCUUGGCUGCGCAGUGGCGCGCUUGUCUGUAGAAGGCACGCGGACUGUGGUCAUGACUGAAGUGUUGCAGUUGCAAGGGUUCAUGCAAAGGAAGGGCAUUGCUGGGUUGACAACCCUAGCAAAGAUGUCAGCUUUCUUCCGCGCCAUGAAUGUGGCGAUGAUCCAGGACUAUCAGAAAGAGUGUGUGUUGUGGUCUUGCACUAUGGGCCCUGGCGAUUUCUUGUAUGUCCCCUAUGGAUUUGUCCAGGCCGAGUUGGUCCAGCAACCGACAGUUGGCGUCCGCGUGCCUUUGGUCUGCAAGCAUUCAGCGCAUGAGAACUCAAGUUUGUGCCUCUCAAAAAGGAAAGCAGAUUGUGAGCGCCAACUUGCUGAGAAGGGAGACAGUGGUGGUGCCAGUGCAGCGGCUGGGGUGGACGCCGCAAAGCUCAAACAAGAGAUAGCUCUUUUGUCCGACUUGUCUACAGCCAUAGCUAGCUGA